AGCAUAACGCGGCGCCACAAUUUGUUUGGAGUCUUAUUGCAUAAUCUUGUCAUCACGCGCGUAUAUAUGCUAUAUAUAACCCGUCUCCACUAAUUCUAUCAAUAUCCUUUCUUUUGAUUCGAGGAUUAAUUGCAAAAUAAUUAAAUGGCCGGCCGUCAUCCUCACCCACAUCAUCAUCUCUUGGUCGGCGCCGUCCUUAUUUUCACAAUCGCCGGCGUUUCCUCCUCUGUUUCUGGUUGUGACAGCUGUGUUCAUCAAACCAAAGUCUCUUACUUCUCUAACGCUUCUGCCCUCCUCUCCGGUGCUUGCGGGUAUGGAUCGAUGGCCGUUGGUUUAUACGACGGCGGACGAAUAGCUGCGGCCGCGCCAGCAAUCUUUAAGGACGGUGCCGGAUGUGGCGCCUGUUAUCAGAUGAGUUGCAAAGACACAAGUAUGUGCAAAAAAGAAGGGACGACAGUGAUGGUCACCGAUCUUAACACAAACAACCAAACACAUUUUGUGAUCAGCAGCAGAGCUUUCAUGGCCAUGGCUAAACAGGGCAAUGAACGAAACCUUCUUAAGCUUGGCAUUCUCGAAGUCGACUAUAAAAGGUAUUCUACACUACAUAACGGGCCAUCUUUUGAGUCCAUGAAAAUAUUAUUUUCUUGGCCAUGAAAUUAAACAACCCUAUUACGGAACCCUAUUACGGAGUAAUAGCUUUCCUCUAAUUGUUUAAUUUGUAAUGUUAUGUAAAAUGUAUUUACAUUUUAGGUGACAACUCCCUACCCAUUUAAAAAAUGGGUAUCAUACCCAUUAUUCACUUGAUAUGUCUAAAUCAUUAUAUCAUUUUCAAUUUAAAUAAUUCAAGUACAUCAUUUUGAUUAGUUCAUGUGGACAAAUGUAUGGUCACUUUUAAGAGUACCAUAAAAUCUACCUACAUUUUAUUUCCUAGAAGGUUUUUUAAACGUAUUUUAAAAUGUUAAUAAUUAGUUUUACAUUAUUUUAACUCUCGCAUACGGGUUUAAAGGUAUAUAAUGCACGUUUUCUUUAAAGUGGAUUUCACGUAAGAUACUUUACCCUCGAGCUCUUAAGCUUACAUUUAGAUAGGCAAUAUAAUAUAAUGGAUUUAUUUUAAUUUAUAAUAAUGUUCCUUGUAAGUGACGGAGUACUUUUUUUCAAUUCUUCCAAGUAGAAAAGAACAGUAAAGAUAAGCGCAUACUGGUCUUUUUUUUUUGUAAAUAAACACUAGGCACAUCAGCGUCUAUCUUUCAUUCACGAUCCAUUGAAGUUGAGAAACUUCUAACAAAUCAUACAAAAUGUGUAGCGAUAAAGUAUGAUCAUCAAUACAGAGUGAAAUAAAGGUCUAUUUGACUAUAUCAUUCUGGCCUAUUUAAUUAUCAUUCUAUCUUAAUGAAAAGAAAUUGGAUAAAGUUGAAAAACAGAUGGAAAAGUUAUUGAAUAAUAGAAGAGAAAAAUGACAAAUAGUCACCAAGUUUUCAAUCAUUUCGAACUAAUUGGCCAAAAGUUUCUAUUAUUAGAGAUUUAUAUAUGUGUGUAUUAUUAGAACCACAAUCACUGCUCCCAUGACAUAUCAUCAAUAAUUGUCUAAUUGAAAAAAAGAGGCGUGUUUGUUUCGAUCGAUUUCCGUCUUAGAUAAACAUGGGACAGUAGUUUCGUUUUUCUACAACAACAUGACUUUUUCAUGACCACUAGCUAACGCACGCACGCACUAAUGAGAGGCUAUUAUUAUGUCAUGCAUUAACAAUCUUGGAUUCAAACGUAUGUAGUGUGAGGGCAAUACAAAAUAUUCCAAUACUUAGCUUCAUUCCAAAUUUGAUUCAUAUGAUAACGGAAAUUCAAAUUAUUUUAAUUAUGUAAGAAUAAAUAUAUAUGUAGAGGCUUAUGUCUAUUUGAUUCCUUUGCACGGCCUCAAGUUAUAUAUGGCUCUUAUUGCCUACGAUGACUAGCUACUACAAUCAAGGGCGGAUCCAAGAAUCGGGAUAAGACUGCAUUGAAGAAAUAUUUAAUUUACCUCCGUCUCAUUUCAAUCUCUUAAUAAAGUGAUUGAAAAAUUGGAAAUUUUGUUUGAAAUUUGAGUAUAAUAAAAUACUCCGUAAAAUGUUAUGAGCCGCAAAUAUCUUUCAAUACAAAUAUGGCUUGUGAUUAUUAUAAGAACAAGAAUUUGGCGAUCCGUGUGGAAGAAUCGAGCCAAAAGCACAAUAAUUACCUAGCGAUUAAGUUCCUUUAUCAGGCUGGCCAGACUGAAAUUGUAUCUGUUGACGUGGCUCAGGUUUGUAGUAGGCCCCACUAUUAUUAUUAUUAUAACUCUUUUCAUCAUUAUCAUGUUUUCAUGUUCUAUUUAUUAAAAGGCUAAUUCCACUUAACAAAAAAUCUUGUGGUACAUAGGAUUAGUACAUGUUUGUGUAAGUAAUUUAUGCACCCAUUUUAUGUACACAAAAAAUUAAACUUCCACUUAAUCCCCACAAUUUGUGGUAGAAGUAACAAAUUUCAAUUGAGUUUCACAAGGAAAUCAUGAAUUGAUCACAUUGACCAACUAAUUGUUUUAGAUAUGUUCUCAACUAUUAUAAGCGGGUAAAUAUGAGCCAUUUUGAUUAAAUUGUCCGCCAUAAUUUGUUUAAUCAGUUCAGUAGGAGUAAUAAUGGAUUGUUAUUAUUUUUAUUCUUAUUUAAUUGCAACAGUUUGAUUGAGUAAUCAUAUGUUCAGGUGGGGGAGUCGUCAAGUUGGACCUUUAUGACCCGCAAACAUAAUGCUGUCUGGGAGACUAGCCAAGCGCCAACCGGGGCAUUGCAAGUCCGGUUCGUGGUAACGGCGGGAUACGACGGCAAGUGGUAUUGGGCAAAGAAGGUGUUACCAUCAAAUUGGGAAAAUGGGGUGACAUAUGAUUCCGGAUUACAGAUCACCGACACCGCCGAAGAGGCGGGUUGUUCUCCAUGUGGCGGCGACCCCGCCACCGCCGCCUAGGUACAAAAUUGACCCUAAUUAAGCAACCUACCUGACAUAGCUAACUUCCCAUGCCACGCACCCUAGAUUGAAUUAAUUGUACCAUUGCAUUCUGGUGUAGAGUUCGUAGAUUGAGCGCGCUGUACUAAAUAUACUUAGAAGUAUAUUAUACGGUUGUAAAGUUCUAAUUUAUAUCUUGCAUCCAAUAAACUGAUUUACAUCGAGAUCGAUCAGAAAAAAUUAAUAAAGCUUGUAACGUUUCUAAUUAAUAAAGCUUGUACGUUUCUAUCUAGCUAGACAAUUUUGUUUAUAAAAUAAUAAUAAUAGUGUAUGAAAG